ACAGUUAUCAACGCGUGGUUGUGUUUCUCCUGCAGGCAGCCUCAGAGGUGGUUCAACACGGCCGACAUCACGGUGGCUCACCAGACCAACCUGCUGAAGCAGCUGAAUCAGCAGCGACGUCAGGAGCUUUUCUGCGACUGCAGCGUGCUGGUGGAGGGUCAACUCUUCAGGGCCCAUCGUAACGUCCUGUUCGCCAGCAGCGGCUACUUCCGCAUGCUGCUGUCACAGGGGCCCGACGGACUGGCCGAGUCGGUCAACGCCACCUUCGACGCCUUCAGUCCCGAGACAUUCACCGUCAUCCUGGACUUCAUCUACUCGGGCCAGCUGGACCUUUCCAGUCACAACGUGAUUGAGGUGAUGUCUGCAGCCAGCUACCUGCAGAUGAACAAUGUCAUCAGCUACUGCAAGAACUUCAUCAAGUCCUCCUUGGAUAUCAGUGCAAAAGAUGAAGACAGUGACCGAUGCCUCAGCCUGUCAGAGACCUGCAGUUUCACCAGUGCAGCAGGGGAAGAGUCUUCAGAGCAGCAGCA